AUGGUCCGCAACAUUGUUCUGCUAGGCGGCAAUUCGCAUCCCCAUCUGACGGAGAAUGUCUGCAACAUCCUCGGCAUUCCUUCGUGCGAUCGUAUUCUGAGCAAGUUCUCUGGCGGUGAAAGUCGCUGCGAAAUCAAAGACUCAGUCCGUGGCAAGGAUGUCUACAUCAUCCAGUCAGGCUCGGGUCAUGUCAACGACAACCUCAUCGACCUCUGCAUCAUGAUCUCUGCCUGCAAGACCGGAUCCGCAAAACGCGUUACCGCAGUUGUCCCUCUCUUUCCCUACUCGAGACAGCCCGAUUGGCCCUACAACAAAGCUGGGGCGCCAUUGUCCAAGUCCUCCGAGACAUCCAGAAAAGACUACACCUUUGAGAGUGUGCCGGCCACACCUCGCCCGGGUGGCCCUCGCAGCCAUGGCUUGAACGGUGCCUUCAGCCUGUCCGAAAAACUUCAAAAGUCUACCAUUGCAGAGGCCAAUGGCACGGAUUACCUCCCUAAGAGGUCGGAUACCGUUUCCAGUAUUGGCUCCAACGGUCGCGGACAUGCAGCCGAGAAUUCCGUCGCAUCUCACCGAAGCUUCACCACCCACGACUACGAAAACCCAAACAGUGUCGCUGCCACAUUCCGGGCCAAGCCCGGCUACAAGCAGUGGGUGGCACAGGCCGGCACCCUAGUUGCCGACCUGCUCACCUGCGCAGGCGCUGACCACAUCAUCACCAUGGACCUGCACGAUCCCCAAUAUCAGGGCUUCUUCGACAUUCCUGUCGACAACCUCUACGGCAAGCCGCUCAUUCAGAAUUACAUCCAGAAGCACAUCCCCGGCUAUAGGGAAGCCGUGAUUGUCUCUCCGGACGCUGGUGGAGCAAAGCGAGCUACCGCCAUCGCUGACAGUCUCAAGAUGGACUUUGCGCUUAUUCACAAGGAACGCCGCCCCAUCAACUUUACUGAACAGCGAAACGCCACCAUGAUGCUUGUUGGCGAUAUUGCGAACCGCGUCUGCAUCUUGGUGGACGACUUGGGCGACACCGCCAACACCAUCACGCGAGCUGCAAAGCUAUUAAAAAAGGAAGGGGCCACCAAGGUUUAUGCUUUGCUCACUCACGGUGUCUUCAGUGGUGACGCAAUUCCUCGCCUCAAUGCAUCUGCCAUUGACAAGAUCAUUGUGACCAAUUCGGUCCCCCAGGACGAGCAUCGUCGCCUAUGUCCGAAGCUGGAGGUGUUGGACGUUUCACCCAUCUUUGCUGAAGCCAUUCGCCGAGUUCAUCAUGGUGAAUCCAUAAGUAGGCUCUUUCAGUACGACUGA